CUCAUGCCCUGUGAACUCUUCACUGUUUCCCUCUCUCUCUCUCACACUCUAUUCAAUGGAAGGAAAAGCGAAAAAAAUCCUUCUCUUUUCCUUCUUCACCAUUUUCUUCUUCUCCACCGUCACCGUCACCUCCACCUCAAACUCUCUCCAGUCACAAACCCUAGUUCUCAACUCUCUCCCUAACCCAUCCACCUUCUCAUGGCCCCAAUCCGACGCCCAAACUAAUCUAAAUGACUUGACCCAAACCAAUGGAGAAUCCUCCUUCUCCCUAGACUUACACCACGUUGAUACUUUAGUUUCAAUCACCAAAAACCUAGAUUCUUUAUCAUUAAAUGAAACUCAAACCUCUGAGAGCCUCUUCAACCUUCGCCUCCAACGCGACUCCUUACGCGUCAAAAACUUAAACAGCAUCGUUGAAUCUGCCGCACGUGCUCCCCCACGUAACCGCUCUGGUGCACGUGGGAGGGGAAGUUUCAGCAGCUCCGUCAUAUCGGGACUUGCACAGGGCAGCGGUGAGUACUUCACGCGCAUCGGCGUGGGCACACCUCCCAAGUAUGUUUACAUGGUCCUAGACACGGGAAGUGAUGUCCUUUGGCUCCAGUGCGCCCCCUGUAAAAAAUGUUAUUCUCAAACCGACCCGAUAUUCGACCCGCGUAAGUCCCGCUCAUAUUCUAAAGUACCGUGUGGCUCCCCAAUGUGUCGCACCCUCGAAUCUUCCGGUUGUUCCACCAAAACGCAGACGUGUCUCUACCAAGUGGCUUACGGUGACGGUUCUUUCACCGUUGGUGAGUUCUCCACAGAAACCCUGACGUUUCGCGGGAGCAGGGUUGGACAAGUGGCGCUCGGUUGUGGACACGACAAUGAAGGUCUCUUCGUUGGUGCUGGGGGUUUAAUGGGACUGGGUCGAGGGAGGUUGUCUUUUCCUACUCAAACCAGUCGCCGGUUCAACGGAAAGUUCUCAUACUGUUUGGUUGAUCGCUCAACUUCUUCGAAGCCGUCCUCUAUGGUUUUCGGCGAUGCGGCUGUUUCACGAACCGCCCGCUUCACUCCUUUAAUCAAAAACCCCAUGCUUGAUACUUUUUACUACGCUGAACUCCUUGGGAUCAGUGUCGGCGGUUUACGUGUCCCUGGCAUAGCCCCUUCUCUGUUCAAACUUGACGAAGCCGGUAAUGGCGGAGUCAUAAUUGAUUCGGGCACAUCAGUGACCCGGUUGACUCGACCGGCCUACAUCAGACUUCGUGAUGCUUUCCGAGUUAGAGCGUCUGGCUUAAAGCGUGCAGCGGACUUUUCGUUGUUUGACACGUGUUUCGAUUUGUCGGGAAUGAAGGAAGUAAAAGUGCCCACUGUGGUGUUGCAUUUUAGAGGCGCUGACAUGUCAUUGCCGGCUAGUAAUUAUCUGAUUCCGGUGGAUUCGUCUGGGACUUUUUGCUUUGCCUUUGCCGGAACUAUGAAUAAGUUGACAAUUAUAGGGAAUAUCCAACAACAAGGAUUCCGGGUCGUCUAUGAUUUGGCGGGUUCAAGGGUCGGGUUUGCACCGCGUGGCUGCGCUUGAUUUUACAUGCGCGUGGGUGUAGUUGUAUGGGAAAAACCUCUUUCCCUUUUUUUUAUUUAUUUAUUUUUAUUUUGGAGGGUGAGAAAGAAAUCUUUCUUGGAUAUGAAAUCUGAGAAUGGUGAGGGAUAAAAACUGAGAGUAGGUGAGUAGGAUUUAAUCACUUGUUUGGUUUAUGUGUUUGUAUUAUGAAAUAUAUGAAUCUGCUUCCAAGUUUUACUCUAA